AAAAGCAGGCGCCAUCGGCUCUUCCAUUUCCUUUCCUCACCGUUGGUAAGCCUGCACUGAGAUGUCAGGAGCCCCCAAGGAAGGCGUGGGGCCCCGAGGCCUGCCGGCCUUGGGCAAAGCCUGCUUAACCACCAUGGACAAAAAGCUUAACCUGCUGAAUGAGAAGGUUGACAAGCUCUUGCACUUCCAAGAAGACGUCACGGAGAAGCUGCAGUGCGUAUACCAAGGCAUGGGCCACCUGGAGCAAGGCCUGCACCGGCUGGAGGCCUCCCGAGGUCUGGGUCCAGUGGGAAGUGACCCCCCGUCUGCAGCUGCUCCACAGGGCGGGUGGCCAGAGGUCCUGGAGCUGGUGAGGGCUGUGCGGCAGGAGGCGGCCCAGCACGGGGCCACCCUGGAAGCCCUCGUCAGGAUGGUGGUGGCCAUGGACAAGGCCGUAGCUUUGGUGGGGGCUGUGUUCCAGAACUCAAAGGUGGUGGAUCUCCUCCUGCAAGGAAGUGGCCCCUGGAGGGAAGGCAGCCCGGCUGGUGGCCCUGCAGAGAAUAAAGAGAGAGUGGAAGAGAAAGGAGCAAAACCCACGCAUGUGCUGAGCAAUCGAGGUGUGCAGGCUGAGAUCGGGGGCCCUUGGGAAGAGAGCCAGACAGUAGAUCUGGCAGAGGGGACGGUGGAGAGGCUGAGCCCUGUCACUUCAGGGACGGGAUUUGACCUUCUUGCCCAGCCAGAGGACCCCCCAGAGCAGGGGGCUGGAGUUCCUGGUCCAGCCCAGCUGCCCCCUGGCCACCUGCUGCUGCCUGUAGAGGUGGCAGCCAACGCUUCUGGGGCAUCCAGUGAGAAACCUGGGAAUGACCCCGAAUCGUCUGAGAUACCUGACGGGGUCCAGGAGUCUUCCACUCGCCAGGAGGCUGCCCUGGCUACAGAACAAGAAACACUGUCCGACAGGCCUGAUCCUCAAUCCUCAGAGGACAUCAUGCGACUGACUUCAGAGUCGUCAGCCGAGGUCAAGGAAGCCAACAGUGGAGAAUUGUGCCCAAGGACCUCCAUCCACGUGCAGGAGACCGAUAUCCCAGGGGAGCUGCUUGUGACACAAGGGGACAAUCUCAGAGCCAUAACACCUGCAGAGGCUCCAGCUGCUGCCUAUCCAGGUGAGCAGGACCUGCAGGGCCCCAAGGACUGCUCCCAGGUUCCUGGAACUGAGUUAGGAAAUCAGGUCCCAAAAGAGGACGGCAAGCUGUCCCUGCUGCAAAAGGCCAGCAGCGCUGAGGGAGCAAAUGCCGAGGAGCCACAGGGCUCUGGGGCUGAGCCCACCGUGGAACCAAGCGAGGCCAGGAGGGACAGGAGUGAUGAUGCUGGAGCCCUCGGACCAGACAAAGGUCCAGCAGCAGGAAACCUGGAGCCCGGAACGGACAGUGCAGCCAGGAGCGUGGGCAGCGGGGAAGAAGGAAGGACGAAGUCCCUGAGUGCUGAGGCUGAAGCUGUGGUUCUGGAUGAUGGUCCGGCCCCACCAGCUCCUUUCGAACACCGGAUGGUGAAUGUCAAGGAGACCUCGACCUUGACAGGUUACACAGUAUGCCAGCAUGAAGUCUUGGGAGGGGGGCGGUUUGGCCAGGUACACAAGUGUACAGAGAAGUCCACCGGCCUCUCGUUGGCAGCCAAGAUCAUCAAAGUGAAGAGUGCCAAGGAGAGGGAGGACGUGAAGAAUGAGAUCAACAUCAUGAACCAGCUUAGUCACGUGAACCUGAUCCAGCUCUACGAUGCCUUUGAGAGCAAGAACAGCUUUACUCUCAUCAUGGAGUAUGUGGAUGGGGGUGAACUCUUUGACCGAAUCACAAAUGAGAAGUACCACUUGACCGAGAUGGAUGUAAUCUUGUUCACCAAGCAGAUCUGCGAGGGCGUGCAUUACCUGCAUCAGCACUAUAUCCUGCACCUGGACCUCAAGCCGGAGAACAUACUGUGUGUCAAUCAGACAGGACAUCAAAUUAAGAUCAUUGACUUUGGGCUGGCCAAAAGGUAUAAGCCCCGAGAGAAGCUAAAAGUGAACUUUGGCACUCCUGAGUUCCUCGCCCCGGAAGUAGUCAACUAUGAGUUUGUCUCCUUCCCCACUGACAUGUGGAGUGUGGGAGUCAUCACCUACAUGCUACUCAGUGGUUUAUCCCCAUUUCUAGGGGAAACAGAUGCAGAGACCAUGAAUUUCAUUGUGAAUUGUAGCUGGGAUUUUGAUGCUGAGACCUUUGAAGGGUUGACAGAGGAGGCCAAGGACUUUGUUUCCCGACUGCUGGUCAAAGAGAAGAGCUGCAGAAUGAGUGCCACACAGUGCCUGAAACAUGAGUGGCUGAAUAAUUUGCCUGCCAAAGCUUCAAAAUCUAAAAUCUGUCUCAAAUCUCAGUUAUUGCUGCAGAAAUACAUGGCUCAGAGGAAAUGGAAGAAACAUUUCUACGUGGUGACUGCUGCCAACAGAUUAAGGAAAUUCCCAACUUCUCCCUAAUCUUCAACUCUGAUGUUCCCUAGACCUAGAAAUUAUUGAGACCGGUGGUAAAGUGAUGCCUCAAGUAUCUAUAUAAUGUGGCCUUUUACUAAUAUUGGUUCCAAUUAUUUUGUUUAAAAUGUGAUAGCUGUUAUUCUUCUUAUGAACAACAACAACAAAAAAGACUAGAGAAAGUAACCUAAGAUUGUUUUCUACCUUAUAAGUUUGAAAUUCUCUAUUUACUUUUCAAGUAUAUCUACUUUAGGUGAUAAGUAUAGUCAUGCUUUAUGUAGAUAGGAAGACCUUUACUUUGGAUAUACCAAAGUUUAAAUUCUAUGCUUACUCUGAUUAAAGAACCUAGUAGACAAAUGGGUACAUUUUAGUUUGCUCAAGUGUGAGCUGACAUUUUUCUUAUACGUUUCCACUCAUAUGUAAAGUCAUGUAGAUUUAAGAAAGCAAUCCUUAAACUUGUAUUCUUUGUUGUGGUUUUGUUUCUGUUUUCAUUUGUUUUGCUAUGGGGCUAUCCCUGGCAAUGCUCAGGGGUUUCUCCUGGCUCUGUAUUCAGGAAUUACUCCUGGCAGUGCUCGGGGAAACCAACCAUAUGGGAUCCCAGGGAUCAAACCCAAAUAUGCACUGUGCUAGGCAAACACCCUACCUGCUGUACUAUAACUCUAGCCUCCAUCAAACUUCUAUUCAUGUGCUCCCUUUUAAGAAUCAAAACACCCUUGAUUUAAUACUCUUUGAAAUUUCAAAAUAUAGCUACUAUGGCCAGUCAGAACAAUAAUUUUGAUUCUUUUUUUCUUUUUGGGUCACACCCAGCGAUGCACAGAGGUCACUCCUGGCUCAUGCACUCAGGAAUUACUCCUGGCGGUGCUUGGGGGACCAUAUGGGAUGCUGGGAAUCGAACCUGGGUUGGCCGUGUGCAAGGCAUUUGCCCUACCCACUGUGUUAUCGAUCCAGCCCCCAGAACAAUAAUUUUGAACAUAUUUUAAACCUAUUUGUGCUCCACCUUCUCUGACUUCCAUUAUGUCCUGACAUUGAUAAUUUCCCAACUCGUCUUCCAUCCUCAGUUAUGAAUCUGUGCUUUCUAGAAAGUCUGGAGUGCAAUAUGUGAAAGAAGGGUACGAAUGCCUUCAUCUCUCUGAGAGAAACUGGAAAUGAUACAUUAUGAGAUAGUAAAGGAAAACUGUUCUACUGCUUUAUUAAGGAUAUCCACUUCCAAUGUUUUCCUUUAACUGACUUUUAAAAUGAUUAGUAAAGAAUAUUUUAUUAUGUAAAAGCAUUCAUAAAGAUACUAAUUUGAAAGACUGUUGCACGUUUGUGUUUAUGGCAGCAUUAUUCAUGAUACUAGAAUAUGAAAUCAAUCUAAUGGCCCAUCCACAGAUGAUUGGAUAAAGAAACUGGGGUAUAUCUACCCAAUGGAAUACUGCUAUGCCAUUUAAAAAGAUGAAAUCUUUCCUCUUGGAAUAUAAUGCACGGAUCUUGAGGUAAUUAUGUUAAGUGGAAUAAACAUGUAAUAAUGUAAGGGUCAGAGAGAGUACAGGACAUAAGGUGCACGUCGCAGAGCCUGAUUAGAUUCCUUCGCACCACAUAUUGUUUCUUGAGCAACACCAGGAGUGACUCCUGGGCACAGAGCCAGGAGAAAGCACUAAGCACUGUUGGACAUGGCCCAACACCCAUGCUCUAAAUAUGUAAGGAAGUGAGAACUACUAAAGGGUUUCACUCAUAUGUAGAAUAUAAAUUACUAAAGCAAAUAACUGGCAGGGAAUAACAAGAUGAACUCCUAGAACAAUGAUAACAGGGGUGGUUACAGGAUGGAAUGGGGUGGAAGAAAGAGAAGAAGGGUUUUUUGUUUUGUUUUGUUUU